CCUGAGAGGUUUCUUUUCCCGUUCGUAGAAAUUCAUUUUUCAAAGAGUUUGCAACGUGGAAAGAUGGAUAUUUUUUGGGCUCUGGUGGCCCUGAGUUGCCUGACCUUGGCGGCUGGUCUGCAGAAAACCAAUGCAUAUGAAGGAUACAAGGUCUAUGAAGUUUUCUCGAAAGCCAGAUCGGCGAGCAACGAACUAUUCCUCUCGGAGUUGGCCAAUAAUCAGACGUACUAUGAAGUGCUUUCAGGAUCCAAAGGACGAGCAUCCGCCAGGGUGAUGGUUCAUCCAGAGGAGCAGUUAAAUUUCGUUCAGCUGAUGGCCCAUCAUAGUGUGAGCUAUGAGGUUGUAAGCCAGAAUUUGGGUCUCACAUUGCGUCGUCAGUUUGAAAAAAAUCGCAUGUUGCGACAAUUGUAUCCCUACAAUGGAAGAUUGGGCACGGAGAGGUUCUACACCCACGCUGAGAUCAACCAGUUUAUCGAGGAUUUGGCCAAGGAGAACCCUCGGAGGGCCUUUAUCAAAACCGUGGGCAAAAGCUACGAAGGUCGUCUUAUAAAAACCAUAACCAUUACUAAUGGUGAUUCCAGACGCAAUAAGAACGUUAUCCUCGUGGAUGGUGGUUUUCAUGCCCGGGAAUGGAUAUCUCCAGCUACGGUUGUAUAUCUAAUCAACCAGUUGGUGUAUAAUCUGGAAGAGAAUGCGGAUUUGUUGGAGGAUUUUGACUGGGUUAUCCUGCCCGUUGUAAAUCCCGAUGGGUAUGAGUACACUCAAAUAUCAGAAGAUACGCGAGAUUGGCGAAAAACCAGGAAACCGAGUAGUUCUGAAUGUGUUGGUACCGACCCCAAUAGGAACUUUGACUUCCAUUGGAAGGAGAGCGGUGCCUCCGACGAUCCUUGCAAUAAUACCUAUGCCGGAGCAAACCCCUUCUCUGAGCCGGAAGCUCUGAUUGUCAGCGACUUGAUUCGAACUUAUUCGGACCGAGGACAAUUUUAUUUGACUUUGCACUCCUAUGGUCCUAUGAUCCUUUAUCCUUGGGGUUAUAUAGAUGAAGUCCCCGAAACUGUUGAUGAUCUGCACGAGGUGGCCAAAGCUGGAUAUGAAGCCAUUUUGGAAGCCACUGGCACCGUCUAUAAGUACGGACCCUCUACUACUACAAUAGGUUACGCAGCCGCUGGGGCUAGUGAUGAUUAUGCCUUUAACGAAGGAUUCCCCAUAUCGUUUACCAUGGAACUUCCCCCAGGAGGUGUCACUGGCUUCGACCCCCCAGCCUCGGAUAUCGAUCGAUUGGUGAAGGAGUCGUGGAUCGGUAUUUCGGCCAUGGCACGGAAAGUGGUCACAAAAUACCCGCUUGCAUAAAUGCCUGAAGUACUAUUAACCAAUUUGUCAAUUACUUUCAGGUAAUAAAACGAGUCACUAAAA